AUGACAAUCUCAGUCCUCGUCGUCUGUCUCGGCAACAUCUGCCGCUCUCCUAUGGGAGAAGCCGUUCUCCGCAACGAAGCCCUCAAGCGCGGCAUCACCGAUAUCCACAUCGACAGCGCUGGAACAGCUGCGGCACACAUCGGGGAAGAUCCCGACGAACGGCGAAAAGGCGUUCCCAUUUCCCACUCUGCGCGACAAGUCCGCGCAUCAGAUUUUACAUCGUUCGACUAUAUACUCGCUGCUGAUGUUUCUAACCUCCGCGCGCUGGAGAGACAUGUGGGUCAUAAGGAGGGAUCGAAAGCGACGGUGAGGCUUUGGGGAUCUUACUUGUCGGAUAAUAAGGCGAUUCAGGACCCGUAUUACGGGGGAUUGGAUGGGUUCACGAAGGUCUACGAGCAGUGCGUGAAGCUUUCAAAUGCGUUUUUGGACGAGGUCGCUGGGAAGGAAAGUUAG